UCAGCUGGGAUCCUGCUGCAGGACACGCCUUUGGGCUGAAUGGAGCGCGCCGUGCGUAAAGUCCGACCUCAGCGGACACACAUUUGUAAUAUUAAUUUCACCUUUCUUUGUAUACACGCAUCUAACCGUCAUAAUCGAUUCGUUUUGAUCGAGUAAAUGCAGCGAUGACGCGAGAGGAAGAUCUUAUCCGUAUUGCCAAAAAACUGGACAAGAUGGUGUCUAGAAAUAACACGGAGGGAGCCAUCGACCUGCUGAGGGAGCUGAAAGAAUUCAAUAUGACACUCAAACUCCUCCAGGAAACGAGGAUCGGCAUGUCUGUUAACGGCAUCAGGAAGCACUGCACAGAUGAGGAAGUCAUUGCCUUGGCAAAGGUUCUCAUUAAAGACUGGAAAAGACUUCUGGACUCGGGCCACUCUCAUCCUGAGAAACCGACAGAAAUAAAGAAUGGUUUGGACUCCAGCAAAUCGGGGACGUCUCCUAACAGCUCCCUCUCUGAGACACAGAGCAGCAGGAAGGAGUCAUCAGACUGUAAACCUUCUCCACAGAAGAAGACGUCAGAUCGAGAAGAAAAGAUUGGGAAGAAAGACAGGAAGGACUCAUCAGAUAGCAAAGUGCCAAAAAAACACUCAGAUGAAGCCAAGAGAGAAAGGUUGGCUAAGCAUGAGUGUGAAAAAGCUUGCAAGGAUACAAACAGGAAAGAUUCAUGUGACUCUAAAGGGCCACCUUUGAAAAAGCCUAAUGUGGAUGUCAAAAAAGAAAAACACAGGAAGGAGUCUUGUGACUCAAAGCCCGGCCCACCUGUAAAAUGUCAGUCAACUGACUCCAGACCUGACAGACGGGAAUCCACUGAAUCAAAGAAAAGCAGCUCACCACAAGCAAAGAAGCUCCCAGCUGAAAGGAGAGAGUCUCAAGGCUCUAAGGCCUCUCAGCCUGGACCUCCGAUGAGGAAACCCUCAACUGACUGCAUUGAAAGAAAGGGCAAGAUGGACACGCCUAAAUCACCCACCACCCCGACCAGCCCGAUGUCACCCAGCUCUACUGGAGGUCCUCUGUCCCCUCACCUCACUACCGGAGACUCUGUCAGAGACAAGUGCAUCGGGUUGCUGGCAGCUGCCCUGCGCACAGACAACGACUUCAAAGAUUUUGGAACCAACUGUGACAGCAUGGCUGCAGAGAUUGAAGAUCAUAUCUACCAGGAGAUCAAGGCCACAGAUAUGAAAUAUAAAAACAGAGUCCGCAGCCGCAUGAGCAACCUAAAGGACCCAAAGAACCCCGGGCUUCGCAGAAACGUCCUCGCAGGAAGCAUCGAAUUGAGCCGCAUUGCCAGCAUGUCUGCUGAGGAGAUGGCGAGUGACGAGCUGAAGCAGCUGAGGAACGUUCUCACACAGGAGGCCAUCAGGGAACAUCAAAUGGCCAAAACUGGAGGCACCAGCACCGACCUGCUGCAGUGCGGCAAAUGCAAGAAGAGGAACUGCACCUACAACCAGGUGCAGACUCGUAGUGCUGAUGAACCAAUGACCACAUUUGUUCUGUGUAAUGAGUGUGGUAACCGCUGGAAGUUCUGCUGAUGGCCUCCAGGUGAAACCAGGCUUUGUUUUUCUGAGCAUAAUGAAUGACAUAUUUUCUAUGAUGGGAGGGAGUUUAUAAAUUGUUGCAGCUUGUGAUUUAAAGAGAUAAAAGUGCUCUUACAAUUUUUACUUGAAUUUUUUUUCAGAUUUAUAAGCAUGUGCUAAUAAUCAGGGUUUUAUGUGGAAUAAAAGACUGAGCGUGAUUUUUUUAGUUUGAUGACUGUUGGAUCAAUGAAUUAUGAUCACGGUGCUGCCACUAUUCAAAAACUAACGCUAAUACACUGUGUCACUUCACUGAUGUUCUUUGUAUAUAUCUAAUUCUAAUAAAACUGCAUAAAUCUCCAGUAUGAGGGCUAUUUAAACUCUUAAACAUUAUUACAAAGCCUCCUUGGCAUGUAUGCAUGAAAAGUAUGAUUAAGAAGCACCAUUUUUUUAAAAACUUUUUUGUUCACCACAUCAUCAGCAAUUAUAAUUACACCCACAAUGUCUGAAAUUUGAGUUAAAAAAAACCCAGUUCAUCCUUUUAUUAUUCCUAAAGUAAGGAAAUAAAAUACAAUUAUAAAAUGUAUCAAUACGGUGCAAAUUCAAAAAGUAAAUAACGUCCUGUAAUCAAGUUUAGAGUUAGUAUCCCAAGAGCCCCAGGGUUACUCAACAGCACCUCGACAUGUUGACAACAAUGAUGAUUAAAAAAAGAAUUAAUUGCCCAGAUUAAUACAUGUUAAUUAAAAAGAGAUAUAAUUAAAAUGAUGUGAAAAGAUUUGUGUUGUUGUUGCACUACUUAAAACAUACAGUAGGUGGCAUAAAUUGAUCACAACUCAAAUACACAAGCCGUGUCAGUUUCUACUAUUGACUGUGUCUUUCGGUUAUCAAACACAAAUUAGAUGUUUGCGGGCUUUAAGAGUCAGUUCAACAAACUGGUGAAGCCCAAAGGCAAAAAGGCUGCUGAAGGCGAAUGUGACAACAUUCAAACUGUUCAUCAAUACAUUACUGGAUUGGAUACAUGAGAAAUAAAAAAAUAUUUCAUUUUGCAAAUUC